AAGGGGGAAAAGUAAGCUCCUCCCAAGACUUCCUCUAAUUUUCCAUAAAUUAUAAAAAUCAUCUUAUUUAGAGAAGGAUGUUUGGUCUUGCACUCAGAUCACUCGGAAGGAAGAAUUUGAUUGUUGGAGAUUUGAGUGGGAAACAAUCGAGGUUGCUCUCCACACAACAGAGAAGGCUCGAGGGGAAAGUGACAAUCAUAACCGGGGCCGCCAGCGGGAUCGGUAAGGCUAUCGCAGAGGAGUUCAUCCGCAAUGGGGCAAAAGUGAUAAUCACCGACGUCCAGGAUGCCCUUGGCGAGCAAACCGCUGCACAACUCGGCCCCAACGCUUCAUACUCACAUUGUGACGUUACGCAAGAAUCUGAAGUCUCAGCUGUUGUCGACCUUGCAGUGUCCGGUCACGGCCGCCUUGAUGUCAUGCACAACAAUGCUGGGGUCCCCGGUCCCCUCAUCCCUAGUGUCACCAAUCUCGAUCUCACCGACUUCGACAAAGUCAUGCAAGUGAACCUCAGAGGAGCCCUAGCUGGCAUGAAACAUGCAGCUCGAGUGAUGAUACCUAAUAAAAGCGGGUGUAUACUUUGCACAGCCAGCAUUACAGGAAUAUUGACUGGACUUGCUCCCCACCCUUACUCAGUCUCUAAGUUUGCCAUCAUAGGGCUUAUGAAGUCCAUGGCUAGUGAGCUUGGGAGGCAUGGGAUCAGAGUGAAUUGCAUAUCUCCAUUUGCCAUACCGACUCCACUAGCACUGGAUGGGAUGGCACAUAUGUUUCCGGAUAUGGGGGUGGAGAAGAGGUCAGAGAUUUUACGGGGGACAGGGGAGCUCCAGGGGGCGAAUUGUGAGGUAGAGGACAUUGCAAAGGCCGCGGUUUAUUUGGCGUCGGAUGAUGCAAAGUAUGUUAGUGGCCACAAUUUGGUGGUGGAUGGAGGUUUCACCAUCUCUAAGCAGCUGGGGCUUUUUCGACCUAGUUAGCAAACUAGUCUAUUCCUUAGCUUCAUAUCUGAUGUGAAUGGUUAGCAGCUUUACAUCUCAAGUUUGAUUAUUACCACGAACUACCAGAAAAAGAGAGAAAAAUAACAAAACAAACGGAGCUCACAUGGUGCAUCUACUGCCUUGACCACCUCUAGCUAGAGCCCAUUCUCUCAGCAACAGCCAUUGUAGCCAUUGCGGUUGGGCACGAGAUCAGUGGUGUACGUUUUUCUUUUUUCUUUUUGAACAUGUACUCUUUGGCUUUCCUAUAAAAGAACACAAGGAAAAUUAUGAGUUCAGUGAAAUUGAGCCGAGUUUCUGGGCUCAAUCAACUUGAAA